GUGCGUCGAUGCUUCACUGUCACCUGUACGUGAAAUGAACACCUGUUGCUAGCGGGGGUUUAAAAAGUAAACGCUCAUAUUUCAGGUAGUUUGCAACGCCACAAAGGAAGAAGGCCUGCUUUUAGUUUGCCAGACAGUGACCUGCUCCCCACACGGAUCACACUGAGGCAGAAAUUGGACUAAAAAGAUUUUUUUUACGAGGGAUGUUUUUAAGGAAGUCUCACAGCGGCUGGCAGUAACCGAACUACAGACUGAACAUGCUGCAGGUUGUAUGAGUGACAGAUAUGGGGUCAUCAAGAUCAUAUUUGCAGACUUUCACUGUGGUGGCAGUUUUUUGCCUAUUUCUGACCAUCGAAGGUGCAAGUCCAGAAGUGCGUGGAAAGGUUGGAGGUGUGGUGGAGUUGGAGUGUAGUUUUCCUGCAUCAGACCCAGCUGCUGUGUCCUCUGCGCCCCUGCAUGUAGUGGAAUGGGUUCGACAGGGACUCGACAUUCCCGUCCUGAUCAAAUUUGGAUCCUACGUGCCUCGCGUCCAUCCACAAUAUGAGGGGCGGGUGUCUCUGGUACGAAUCACCGCUCUGAGGCUGGAGGGCCUGCAGCUGGAUGACCAGGGCUUGUACGAGUGUCGAAUCCUCUUACUGGAUAAACCCACAGAUGAGCUCCGAAAUGGCACCUGGACCCUGCUUUCUGUAACUGCUCCACCCACCUUUACCCAAGCCCCGCCUCCUGUAGUGGAGCGUCUGGUUGGAAGUCACCUCUCUCUCGCCUGUGUUGCUAAUGGCAACCCUACUCCGACCAUAACCUGGCUAAAGGACGGCAGUAUGAUUCAAAGAAUAAAUUAUCAGGAAGGAGCCUUAUCUCUGCGAGCAGUGAGCAUGCAGUCAGCAGGACAGUACACCUGCCACGCCUCCAACUCGGAGGGAAACGUGACUUGCGUGACGAAAGUGAAGAUCAAAGGUCCACCUGUCAUCGUUGUCCCUCCCAAAAGCACCUCUCUCAACAUGUCCCAGAAUGCCCUUCUCCAGUGCCAGGCAGUGGCCGACCCCCCCAACAUGACCUACGUGUGGCAGAAAGGUGGAGAAAACGUCCAUCACAUAGAGUCUUUGAAGUCGCGAGUGAAGAUCAUGGUAGAUGGAACUUUACUCAUCUCCAGACUCACCCCAGAGGAUUCUGGGAACUACACCUGCAUGCCGACCAAUGGCCUGCUGACCCCACCCACCGCCUCUGCCAACCUCACAGUGAUGCACCCAGCCCAGGCUCUACAGAUGCCCCAGCAAACGUAUCUUCCCACAGGCAUGGAUGGCGUGAUUAACUGCCCAGUGGCAGCUCAGCCUCCGCUGCUCCGCGUGGAUUGGACGAAAGAUGGAGAACCACUUGACCUGUCCUUGUAUCCAGGAUGGACUUUGACACCAGAGGGCUCUUUGUUCAUGGCCACAGUCAAUGAUGACGCGGCAGGCAUGUACAUGUGUACUCCAUACAACAGCUAUGGCAGCAUGGGUCCAUCUGGCCCAACAAACGUAAUUCUGCAGGACCCCCCAUCAUUCAGUGUCACUCCAAAGAAACAAUACAAACAGGAGGUUGGUAGAACCCUGCUCAUCCCAUGUCAAGGAAACGAGGACCCAACAAUUAAAGUGACCUGGAGCAAGGUCGACCUGGCUCGCCGCAUAUCUUACUCCAUAGAACCCAACGGCUCGCUACUGCUGCAGCCUCUCACCAAGGAACACCAGGGGGCGUGGGAGUGCAGCGCUGUUAACCGUGUAGCCUCGGUGAAAGCUGGCACACAAGUCUUUGUCCUGGGAACCACUCCCCAUGCAGCUACCUCUCUGUCCGUCUCUUCAGGGGUGAAGCAGGCCAACAUAUCCUGGGAGGCAGGCUUUGAUGGAGGAUCAGCACAGACAUUUUCAGUUUGGGUGAAGAAGAUUUCAGCGAGUGAUAAUGAUGGGAAACAGGACUGGUUCUCUGUGCCCGUGCCCUCCUCCUCUGGCAACAGGCUGCAGAUGACAGACCUGUCUCCUGCCACUGACUACCAGUUCAGCAUCCUGUCUCACAAUAAAAUGGGCAUGGGACCAUUCAGUGAAAUUGCCACUACAAGGACCUUGGAUCCUCUGCUGAAGAGAAAUAAACCAAAGCCCCCCGCGUCGCUGUCAGCUAAUCAGGGCUCAGCAGGUGUUGUUCUGCAAUGGUCCCUUCCUGAAGCUCAGCACCCUCCCAUCACAGGCUUUGUACUCCAAUCUCGCACUGAGCAAGGGGAGUGGUUUAAUUUGGAUGAGGAUAUCAGUGCUAACAGUAGCGAGAUAGUCGUUCCGGGUCUGCACAAGGACUGUGUGUACGAGCUGCGACUGCUAUCUCGUCGCGGGGAGUUGCUGAGCGAGCCCGGUCCAUCAGUCAAUGUCUCCACCAUGGGGAUGGAGAUCUACCCUGCCACAUCCCGACUCCUGGAGUUCGUCCCGGAGCCAUUACUUGCCGGGGUGCUGGGAGGGGUUGGCUUCAUGUGCUUGGCACUGGUCUUGCUGCUGGGGUCCGCCUGUGUCAUCAGCCACAAGAGGGACCAGCGCCGCAGAAAGAAGAACGAUGAGCCCUCUUCUGCCAUCUAUAAAUGCUCCCCAUCAAGAAAGACUUCAGGCACCAGCAGUCCAGACAGUGUGUUGAAGAAAAGCCUACUUCCAGCCAGUCCCCUCUAUCCCAACAAUUCCUCUACCACCAACUCCUCCUCCUCGCAGACAGACUGUUCCUCCCUCAGCACUGAGAAUCAUAAUCGGCGGAAACAAUUCCUGUCCAGCUACAGUAGAGGCAACCUUACUAGGACAACAUCUUCUCCAAUCUCUCCCUCAAUUGAGUUGAUCGGUAGAGGUCCAGAUGGGCGGUUCGUACUCCCACCGUAUGACCAUGAUACGCUGAGCGUUCACAGCAAGAAAAGUAUAAAAUAUAACCAAUCUGCUAGCGUCCGAAGGUCUGUGUCGCUGCGCUCGGACAAGGAAGACAGGAAAGAGCCGCCAUUUGUGCUCUCUAUUGAUCUCCCACUUUGCAAAUCAACUAAUUCCUCAAGCCAAAUCUGUGGUACGGCCCAGUACCUCCCCUGUCAUGGUUCUUAUACAUCGGAUCAAAAGACAAACUAUGAUGGCUGUCCUGACCUUACCAGCCUGUGCUCAAACAGCACUUUUGCCACUAUUCCUUACAAAGACAGAAACCUAACUCCCACAUUUCCUGUGCUCCCGCAUAUUCGAUCCAGCCUUGGUCAGCCUUCUACAACUGCCAGCACUCUGGUGCUCCAAAUGGAGCAUGAGCGGGAGACAGGAAACCUGAGUCACUGUCUGAAACUAGCUCAGGAGAGGGAGGAGCUGGAGAGGGAGCUCCGGAAGUACACAUUGCAAAGAAACUCUAUGAGGGAAAUGAGGAUGGAGCAGCCAGACUCGGAGGAGAGAGAGGACUGUGGUAAUGAGCUUGUCUGGAAAUAUAAGAGCAGCACCUUGCCGCACAGAUACCCCCAGGGCAGCAAGGAAAGCUUUGGCCUGUCACCAAGCCCUUACUCUUUAUCUUCUGUCAACUGGGAAGCUCGUCCUCUUGUCUCUCCUCCCACAUUGAUCCCAGACAGGACCGGUUUCAAUGUGUCUUCACCUUUGAGUCCUUCUUGUUUUCAGUCCGGCAACCAUUAUCCUGCUCCAUCCUUCAACAAACAGACCCCCCUCCGAUCUGAGGAGGCAGGCAGUGUUUCCAAAGACAGAUUAACUCUCCCACAUCUCUCCUCAAAGCACCAGAGACAUGAAAGGGUAGAGGCAGCACCAGAGGGCUAUGAUAAUUCACCACAAUCCACAGUUUUAGAAAUGCAAACGAAUGAUUCAUGCUCUGAGGCACGGAGACAGAACAAUCUUAGUUAUGGCAGCCUUUCAAUGUUGUCUUUCCAUAGCAAUAAAUAUACUGAAGGAUCUAAUUCGGCUCUCGAUGCUGUGCCAGGCACUUCAAAAGCGGAGGUAGCAUUCCCGGAGCCCACUGAUGAAGACGUGUGUGUUGAGAUGAGUGUGGAUGAGCCAGAGUUUGAGGUAUGUGUAACGCGGCCUACAAAGCCCAUGCUGCACCACAGAAUCGCCUCUCAUCUGCAACACGGGCACUCACUGACUCUCAAAGGCCGGUAUGAAGACACGAGGAGGAGCACAAGCUUUAACUGCCGUAGUCCUACUUCAGUGGACAAUAUCAUCAGGGUCACAGAUUCUCCGCAACCUCCAGAACCAGAACUCCGGAGAGCUGUGAGCCAAGGCUCUAAACUCUGCAACGCAAAGCAGCGAAGUCAGAGCCUAGACUCAAGGAGACGGAAAGAGAGGAAUUUCCUGACUCCUGAUGCUUGGGUAGACUCUCUCAGCCAAGAGAACUGCUCUGUUGCAUCCUCCUGUCACCCAGACUCUCUGUUCUGGGAACCACAGAGCUCUCCUACUAGGAAAAUCUUGAAAUCUCCUGCAAAUUUUCCCUCUGCUACCCAAGCUGGCUCCUGUUCACCUCAUGCUGUGGAUGCUUUAUCUCUAAGGAGCAGUCCACAGAGUCCUAUACCAAAUCCUGACAUUCCUUGCCACUAUGAGCCAAGAAGUGAGGCAUCCAUCUUACUCAAUACCGCCAAAUGGCCAGUCACCUACCAGGAGCCCACGAAAGAGGCAGGGGGUUUCUUGGAGGUCAUGAAGGAAGCUUCCAGAGGCUUACCGCCCAACAACAGUGGGCUGCACGAUUAUCAAGAUGUACUGGAAGUGGAGGCAGGAGGCUCUGAGGGAAUGCCCGAGUUUGGGAGCAGCUACAGCAGUUAUGCCAGCAGCGGCCGAGGGAGUAUGGAGCCUGCUAACAGACGCCUGUCCCUGUGUCACCUUUCCCCAACCCUCACUGUCUCACCUGAGAUUGUAGAGGAGAGUCAGGGGAGCACAGAGGACAAGCAUAGCCACCAAAUGGAACACAGCCAAAGGAGAAAGCCCUCAGUGGAUGAGAAUUAUGAGUGGGAUGCUACUGAUUUCUGCUCACAGCCUGGAGACCAUGAUGGCCUGCUUCCUUCAUUGAAUCUACAGAAGCCUGCUCCGUUCUGUAGCCUUCCCAGCAUGCAGUGCUCCACUAAGGCACUGAAAAAUUGCACUCAGCUCUCUUUGCUCCCGGGGCAUCAAAGCAGCUGCUCUGCUGAGCCAGAACCAGACACCGUGCUGUUCUGACAGCGCCAGCCUUCGGCUCAUCUCACCUGGUGUGUCCUUUCACUUAUUGACUCUGAUCAAAAGGCGACAAAAAGAGCAUGUGGCAGAAACUGAGCUUUUGUCUGAUCAAUCCAAUUCUCUCUUUCAAAAAGUCCAGAACAGCUUAUUUGGGCAGUAUUGUGCACUGCUCGCAUUUGGUAUUGGAACAACAAGUAUUGAACUCAGAGUAAUGAAGUCACAAAAUUACUUUUACUCUUAUGCAGAGCUUUAAACAUUUGUGACCCAAAACCAUCACAUCACGCUCUUGACAAUUUCUUUUGAGACAGUCUGCCAAUCUGCUAAUAUCAAAGCAGUUCACUGUGCUGAUGGAUUCACCACAUUCUCUGUUGUUUCUUAUGCAUUCAUCAUUCUGUGGCGACAGAAGGGACAAAAAGGAUCUCAGUCAUCAUCAAGUCACUGGUUUUGGCUGUGGAUGAUAAAGUUUUUAGAUACUAUCAGUCACCUUUGAGUUUAACAAAAGAGCUGCUUAUGAAAACCUAAUAAAUAAGGAUGAUAAACUGAAUAUAAAAGAUUAUAUUUGCUACAAUGUUAAUAUUUUUCGUAAAUGUAACAUUGUUUCUAACAGUGUAAUUCCCCAACAGAGAUCAUUAUCUGCUUUUUUGCCCUUAAGGUACUGUGAAUGUUUGGUUUCCAAAAAUCUACUCAGGCUGGAUGAAAUCCUUGUUCAUUGAAGCAAGACCUCUAAUUAUGUCCAGUAAUUGAAGAGGGUCAAGUAAACUUGUAGGUUUUGUCCUUGUUUAUUUUUUAUGGACAAAAAGGGAAAUUAAAUGUUAUUUGUUAUUUUGACUUUAA